AUGACAACCAAAGGAGCUCGUAUCAAAUCUACAACAAGUACUGCUCCAACUAGCACUGUAAAAAAGACAGACACAGUUGAACCAUACCAUUGCAAAGGCAAAUUUUUGGAAGACUUCGAUGCACUAUGUAGACAAGCUCAAAUAACAUAUAUUGUGCCUGUUGUACCACGACCGCAUCCACCAGGAACUCCAGUGGUAGUAUCGUCUAUAGCUGAUACAAAAGAUAAAACAGCACCUAAAAUAGCUAAAAAUGCAACAAAUAAAGAGCGUGAAGCUAAUGCUCAACAGCAGCAACUGCAACAAAGUGAAGUUGAUAUUGGAGAAAUUUCGCAUGAGGAUUCUCUACCAAAAACAUACUCACUUCGUGAUAAUCUUGAAUAUUUUAAACCAAAAAUUCAAAUUGAAAUGGACAAUCCAGAAAAACAAGAUACUCUUACAGAAAUUCUUAUUCGUGCAUGGAAAAUUGAUCGUGCAACACUAGAUAUAUUUACUCAAUCGUUUCCUACGCUUGAACGUUUGCAUACUCUUCAUUUUUGGCAUACAGGUUUAACAGACGAUACACUUAAACAAUUAGCUUCUAUUCUACCGAAAUGUCCUAGUAUUCGUACACUUAUUCUUGAUGCUAAUCCAAUACCGUUCGAACAUUACGAAGUUCUUUUAACCGAUGAAAACUCACCAGUUAUUAGUUUAUCUCUUCGACAUUGUCAAAUAACAGAACGUGGUGCUUCUUUAAUAGGUCAAGGUUUAGGAAAUGAACGUCGCCAAAAUAAAAAAUUACAAACACUUAAUUUAGCUUAUAAUUCAUUAGGUGAUAGUGGUGCUGAACAUAUUGCACGAAGUUUAAAAUUCAAUCGUAGUUUACUUGUAUUAAAUUUAAGUUCAAAUGAUAUUAGUGAUCAAGGUGUACAAAAACUUGCUGAAGUUUUAAGUAAAUUUCCUUUAACAGAAGAUGAAUUAAUUUAUCGUAGAAAACUAUUACUUCAUUCAUCGAUAUCUGAAAGUGCCGUGAGUCUUCCAUCAGCUAGACGUCAUCUCAAUGAUCGACGUGCUUCAUCGACUUCAAGCCCAACAGUUCCUGGAAGAAAACGAUCUGGUGUUACUUCGACAACUGCACCAUCGAAAGGAAAAGUUCCCGGUGGUGGUGCUGCUACAGGAAAAGCUGAUACAAAAGAAACUCCUAAAGCACCGAAAAAAGAUGAUAAAACAGCUAAAAAAGCUGCUACAAUCGCUGAAACCAAACCUACUAAAGCUGGUGCUGGUAAACAAAGUUCAGACAAACUUGGAAAAACACUUGGCAAUCAAAAAAGUUCUGGUCGAGAUGUUGGAAAUCGUUCAGCAGCACAUAGCGACACUGAUAAUGAUGAUAAGUUUAUUAUUAAUGAUGGAAUGCCAUUACUUGAUCAUAAUGCUGAGUUAUUACAUGAUGAUCUGGUUUUACCAGGAAAUAGAUGUUUACUUAGUUUAAAUUUGUCAAAGAAUCAAAUAACUGACACAGGUGUACAAUAUAUUCUUAAAGCCAUUCAAUAUCAAGAAAUGUUUAUAAAAUUAAAUAUUUCAACACGAAAUCUAUCAUCAUCCUCAGCAUCUGCUGUUCCUAGUCAAGGUCUUUUUCGACUUGAACUACAAAGAAAUGACUUUAAUCUUAAUGAAUGUGAAGCACACGAAAAAAUUCAAACAUUAUUAAAAAAUCGCCGCGAGCCAAUUUUCAAAAGCAAAGAAAAUCAAGAUGAAACAUCAACCGGUGGAAGAGACACGGUCGGAACUCCACAUGCAAAAUCACGCCAAGGGAUGAAACAACAUUGA